CGAUGCGCGGGAAAAUUUCUUCGCAUGUAGAGCUGUCAGAUUUGUGGCAUUUCCCGAUCGAAAAAUAUUGUUAAAUAAAAAAAUCUUAUAACGCGCUAAAAUAGAAAGUGAAUAACAUUUCUGUGAUUGAUUUUUUAAAUUAUAAUUUUUUUUUGGUUGGAUUGUAAUGCAGUGAUUUAGUGACUAUUUUCAGUGAAAGUGUAGAUUUGGGAUAGACUUAAAUAUGAAGCUUACACAAUAUUUUUUCGGGUCGUGUCUUUUAUUCCUGUGUAUUUUUAUAGAAAUUGUCCAGCCAACAUGCGUUCUCGAGUCUGACUUCGGAUUCAAGAUCAACUGCGCGUUCAAAAAGGCAGGACUUUUCAGAGUUCGAAAUCUAGGAGGAAUCAAGGCCCAUGCAAGUUUAGGAUUUAGCCUGGGUGACGAGUUGGGUUUCGAGCAAUCGCUCACCAAUUUGGAUCAAAGCAGGAGGCGGUCAGUGAGCAUCAAGAAUGGAGCGCCGUUAAAUAUCAUCGCUGACACUUCUGCAAGGCCCGCUGUUAAACAGGAGAAACGCGGCAAACAGAACAGAAUUAUGAUGCGACCAGUGGCUCCAGCUUCCCGACCAAAUCAAGCGGCUAUGGAUAAGCUGACUAGUUUACAUCGACGGGGUUCUAGUACCAUGAAGCCAAUCAUCGUAACAAGCCCCACGGCAGAAGCUCCAGCUACCUUCAAUAGAGGGAACCCAACUAUAACUAUGGCUAAGCCUUUACCAAUGGGUGUGCCUCCCUUUAGGCCGUUACCACCUAAAGAAGAUGCCCUUCAAGUCUUACCCAUCGCCUCUACAACAAGGAAGGCGUUUACACCGCUUCAAGUGCCGCAAUCAAAAGGACCUGGUUUACUGUAUCAAAGUGAGAAGUAUUACCCCCAUGUUUCACACGAACAUGUCUCAAAAAUGGUCUCGCAAAUGACAGCAUCACACAUCGCCCCGCCACUACUCAGAAUUACGCCAACACCUAUCAUAGUUGACACGCCAAAAAUAUACUCGAUACCAACUACAGUUAACCCAUUUGUACCCAUGCCGAUCGCUGCUCUACCCGCACAAGCCUUAACAAUCAUACCACCACCAAUAUUUAAUCACUCCAUUCACUCACGACUCGUUCCAUCUAAAUCAUCCACCUACUUCACUCAAAACACUAUUUCUGUCCAAAAAACCAAUCCUCUUUCUAAAUUUGUAGACCCGGUUCCCCAUCAGGUGCACGAUCUGGCAAGUAUGUACCCUGCUUAUAAUACCAAAAAGGUCGAUGAGUACAACACAAUUACUGGUUACGGAGAUGAUACUAUACUAAAGUUCAAUAAAGAGGACAUAAAUGCGAAGAUAGCAGAAAUAGCUAAAGCAGGAAACAUUUCUAUGGAAGCAGUAGAAGCUGCGAUAGCACUGAGGCAGCAGCAGUUGUUGAACAAGUACGCAAAUCUUCCUGUACCAACGACAGCAACAAUAACCACAACAACCACGACGACAACUGAAGAACCAUUAGUUUUCCAGCCGCAACCUGAACCGGAAAUUGUAGUUGCCACCGUCCCUCAAAAGCCAAAGAGACAACCUACUACCGGUAAAGUAAUGAAUGCUCCACGAGAAUACUAUCCCGUCGGUUACGAGAAGAACUUCGAUGAUAAUUUUCAAUCGAAAGUGGACCUUCCAGAGACGAACUUCCAUUGUGGUGAUCAAAAAUAUUUUCCUGGAUUAUAUGGUGACGAAAGUCUUGGCUGUAUGGUGUUCCAUGUAUGUGCACUGACAGACGAUGGUCUGGUGAUGAAAUCAUUCUUGUGUCCGGAGUCCACGCUCUUCGACCAGACGAUUCUCAAGUGCAACUGGUGGUUUUACGUAGAUUGCAAGAAUACCAGACGUUUGUACGAUACUAAUAUCCCGGUUUCGAAGAGUUACCAACUCAUGAAAGCAUUGACUUUCUUUUCGUCGUACAAGAAAGAUAUGCAGGACGAUGGUCAACAAAAUCCUGAAGAUGUCGCCGGUAUCAAAGAAGCUAUAACCAUUCUGGAGAAUCAUGACAGCGAACAUGGUAAACCAGGCAAUAUCAGUAAUAACUUGCGAGUCGUUACGUCUCAACCAUUUGUCGACGAAAGAAACAAUCACAGAGUUGCCACCAGGAAUGAAACCAUAUCACCGAUAUACAGAGCUAAUAGAAACUAUAACGAUUCUGCUAAGAGACCAUCAUCUAAACGUAAUUCCCCACAAACACAAAAUUCGUCAGAAUUCAAAUCGAUAACAUUAAACGCUGAUAGAAACAUUAAAAAGGACAAUAAAAAACCAAGUUCUGCUGAAAACAGCAGACAUCAAAGUUCAUCAGAGCAUACUUCCACAGCUACAUCUGCAGAAACUAUUGCAGAAAGAAAGCACAGAAGAAGAAUGACUCUUAAACACAACAAUGCCACUACCGCAAGUACUAUAACAGUGCCUCUUACAAGCAUUAGACCAACGGAAUCCACUACUUCAGCAGUAGAAAUAGUAAAACAAGAAAUUCAGGAAAUUUAUAGCGAUAAUCCUACACAGGUAAGACAAGAAAAAUUAACUGAUCAAUUAGAGAGCGCUGAUAGUAUGGAUCCAACAAUAUUCAAAGAUGCUAAAGAUUCCCCUGCGGUCAAGAGAUUUUAUAGAUCUAGCGCUGAAAGUGAGACUAAUAAAGAAGACCAGGAACUGACGCUCGUAAACAAUGAAAUGGUACAAAUUGUCAGACCCACUUCAAUGAUGAAAUUGGUUGGGCAGCAUGCGACACCUACUGCUACAAUAGCAAAACUAGAUGAAGCUAUAUUAGGUAAGAUUCCCUACUCGCGAGUUAAAAAAGCAGUGGUUACAACACCUGAAAGACAUGAAAAUCAAUGGCGAUCAACGAACAGGUUUCGGACAUAGUCAUGGUAUAAAUUUUAGUCAAUAAUUAAAUUUAAGUGUCAUAUAGAACUCCUUGUUAACUUAUUUAUUUCUAACAAGAUACGUAAGUAUGAAGGCCAAUAUAGGUGUUAGUAGAUUACGUAUUUGCUCAAUAUCUUGUAUUUAGUCUAGUUGAGGAUUCAGUCAAGUGAUAUUAUGUUAUGGUGUAUGUUUUAGAUGCGUAGAAUUAAAACGAAUUUCCUA